AUGUUCGAACAGGAUGUUGCAGGCGAGCAUCCUCCCAGAGCUCGUGCCUCGACCACGGACCUGAGUACAAAUCGCAAUACUUACCCAAAGUGUCCUCUUCCCACUCUUCAGGGCUGAUCAAGGCGCUGCGAGCCAACAAGAACGACGAGCAGAGCGUGAUUCAACGUGCGCUCGACGAGACUCGCAAGGAGAUCAAGUCGAGCGAUGUCGAGGUCAAGGCCGCAGCCGUGCUGAAGCUCGUCUACGUCAGUAUCAAGACGUGCAGCCGGUCUUGUCCGCUGUGAUUACCGGUACUGAUCCCGUCGUGGCCACCUCGCGCAGCUCGAGAUGCUGGGCCACUCCAUCUCGUUCGCCGCGUUCGCCAUCGUUGAGUGCAUGACUUCGACAAAGUACCACAUCAAGUCGAUCGGCUACUUGGCUGCCUCGCAGUGCUUUGACCGCGAGACAGAGGUCGCCGUGCUCGUCGUCAAUCUCGUCAAGAAGGUGAGUCCAGUCCGGCCGCUUAUGGCUCGCCAACCAAAUGACGACACACGCUGAGCCCAGAGCGACCCUGACCGGGCAGGAUUUGCUGCAACCGCCUACACCCUUGUUCUCGACCUCGCCUUCGUCGAUUACGGUCGCGCACCUUUCGUCCACCUUGUCCGCCGUCUCGCUCCUGCUCACCCCGUCGCUCGCGCGAGAUCUCGCUCCGGAGCUCUUGUCGCUCCUCACGCACUCGCGACCCAUCGUGCGCAAGCAGACCGUACUUGUCCUGUUCAGGAUCAACCGUACCUGGCCAGGCGUGAAAGAGGUCGCUUCGGGUCGCGAGGAGCACGGCGAGGACCCCUGGAUUGAGAGGUUGCGAGAACGACUCAGCGACGAGGAUGUGGGGGUCGUGUCGGCGACCGUGAAUCUGAUUUGUGAGCUGGCGAGGAAAGACCCGAGAAAGUAUCUGCCGCUCGCGCCAGAGCUUUUCGAGCUCUUGACGGAUUCGACGAACAACUGGAUGUUGAUCAAGAUCAUCAAAUUGGUGCGUCCGCGACACCUUGGAUGCGUCGCUAGGCAGCUGCCGGCUCAUCUCCCUCACCGGUCGUGCUUUUUGCAGUUCGCCGUCUUGACACCCGAGGAGCCUCGUUUGGUCAAAAAAUUGGUCCCGCCAUUGACCGAACUGAUAGAGACGACUCCGGCGAUGUCUCUACUGUUCGAGUGCAUUCAGACCUCGAUCGUCGGAGGUAUGCUCAACGGUCGCGAGGGAGAGGCAUUGGCUACCACCUGCGUCGAAAAGUUGAAGAGCUUCUUGGAAGAUAUUGAUCAGAACUGUGAGCUUAGCAUUUGUGCGCUCGGCCGGAGCUGUCCUCGCCGGAGACGCUAACGUCGAGCUCGCGGUCCUCGGCAGUGCGCUACAUCGCUCUCGUCGCGCUCGUGAAAAUCCUGCCGACGCACCCGCACCUCGUUGCGACGCAUCACGACACGAUUCUCUCUUGCGUCGACGACCCCGACAUAUCAAUCAGGAUGCGGGCGCUCGAUCUUGUCGAGGGGAUGGUGAGACCCUCACUUUCAGCCAGGUCGCUGGGGUUUUCGGAAACCCGGUCCGGAACUGACAUCUUGGGACAAUCUUCGUUGCUGUCCACCCAGGUGGAUCGCAGGACGCUUCAGUCGAUCGUCCACCGUCUCAUGACGCACCUACGUCCCCCGUCUUCGUCCUCGCAGACCUCGGCCGCGGAUGCUCUACUCCGAGCUCAAUCAGGAGGCGCCAGCCUCGAUGGCGCGACACCAGCCGCGACGGCCCUCAUCCUCUCGCCCGCCUACCGCUCUUCGCUGAUCUCCCUCAUCCUCAGGAUGUGCGCAAGUCAGACCUACGGCAACAUCGUCAACUUUCCCUGGUACAUCGACACGCUAAUAGAGCUUGCGUACAUCUCUUUGACCAUCAUCGACGAGUCUUCUCCCGUUUCCACGACUGCUGGAUCUGCCCUGGGGAUCCCUCUCGGACUGCAAAUCAGGGACUCACUCAUCGACCUGACCGCGAGGGCAAAAGCCAUCAGACCUUAUGCCGUCAAGAAGAUGGCGCAGUUGAUUGGCGACGACAUCUUGUUGGAAUGUGGGAACGAGAACGGUGUCGGAGAAGUGUUGGGUGCAGCGGCGUGGAUCUGCGGAGAAUACUGUCGGCAAGUGCUUCCUUCCCCCGCAAUCAACGAGAAAUGAGUUGCUCGUGCUUUCUGAUACUGACGCAUUUCAUUCCUGCUCUUGUGCACAGCGAACUCGAUGAUCCGAGACCCGUCAUUGCCUCGCUGUUUGGCUCGUCGACAACAUCCUCGAUGCCGCCUCGCAUCAUCGCUCUCUAUUUUCACAACGGCGUCAAGAUCUUCGCUCACUACCUCCACUCUCUCGCGUCUUCCUGGAACGAAUCGGACGCAGCGACGCUCGAACAGAUCCGGGCACUUUCAACAGCACUCGAGGAGCAAAUGCGCACGUUCGCCGGCCACGAGGAAAUGGAGCUGCAGGAACAAGCGGCGUCGCUGGGGCAGACCCUAUCUUGGGUCCGCGCCGGUCUUGACCACCGGCUUCCCGUCUCAAACCAAGUCGGUGGAUUCGGGAGUUCCUCUCUGGAUCCUUACGACCCCAUCACCGACGACGCCGUCGGUGCGGGGCCACUUGCAAAACCCGAGCCAGCGUCAUUGCGGUGGUUAGAACCGCUUUUCUUUGCGCACGAGUUGAACCCGGUCAACCCAAAAGCUCAGGGUAUGGUUGCCGUUCCCGAAGGUCUUGAUCUGGGGAAGAGGAUCGUGAUGAGGGAUUCAAGUGUCUCGGGCAUCCGUGAUGAAGAAGCCAGCGGCCAGGUGGACGCCUUCGGUAGAAGGUUGCAAGGUUCAGGCAGCGACGAAGCCUUGGAGAAAGGCAAGGCCAAAAAAUCACGGACUAAAGGUACCAAGGAGGGCAAGACGCGUCGGAGGAAGGCAUCGCAAGCAGUCGAAGAAAAUGACGAUCCGGAAGAGAUGGCGCGGGUGAGCUUUCCUACUCACUUCUUCGUCGCAAAGCGCGUCCUUCGUUUAGGGAGCUGAAUCAUUUCAUCAAACAACUGGUUUGGACACAGCUACGAAGUGAACGAUUGGAACGGCAACGCGAUGAUCCGUACUACGUAGGCUCGACACCAGCGGGAGGCGCAGGGGACUCGGAUGACGUCGAUGCCAUACCUAUCGUCCGCCUCGACUUAGGCACGCUCACGUCCCAGCCCCGGACUCCACCCCCGCCAAGGGAGCCGACCCCACCCCCCGUCCACAUCGAUGUCCACGGGGAAAUGCCGGCCAUCGCACCGGCGCGUUUACAAACACCGUCCUUGGGGAAGGCUCCAGGAAAGACGGACGACGAGCCUUCGACAGCGGCGGAGGCGCCACCGCCAGAAACUCAGGAGGCCGAGGAAGCGCAAGCGAGUGCGGUGGUGACCAAAGUCGUGAAGAAAAAGAAGACGACUCCUAAUAGCUCCUUGUUGGUUGGGGCGGCCACCGAGAAGAAGAAAAAGAAGAAGGUGAAGAAGGACUCCUUGACCACACCGGCCGAACCAUAG